AUGAAUCGACUCAAGUUGUUUCGCUGCAUCCAUACAAAUCGACGCGUGGGAAUCGGCUUAGGAAACACCCAUACCUUGCACCACGCCGUCCUUGGCCCCCGACUCGUGCCCACCAGCCCCUUGUUGUUUAGGCGUAAUAUCAACUUUAGCAAGCCGUUCAUAAAACUAGUACGACUUCCCGGGUAUAUUGGCGGUACGAUGGCGGCAGGAGGCUCAUACGUUGCGUACAAGGUCGAACAAGCGUCCUCCUAUACGCUGGACAAGUUUUCGUCGCUCAAGGACUUUACCACCAACUGGUUGGAUAAAUCGUCUGAUUUCCUCAAGAAUUUCCUGGACCAAAACACCACCAAGACGAGCGGUGAUGAAGGUGGAGGUAACGGCGGUGACGGCGACACCACAACUGCGUUGGGUGCCACGGCGGCCGCCGUGGCCGUGUCAUCAGAUGAACAGGAAGAUGAGGAUGACGAAGGCGAGUUGGAAGAGUUUGAGUUAGACGAAGCCGACGAGGAUGAUACCAACUCCCAAAUGCUUAAUUUGACAAAACAAAUGAUCGAAAUCAGGAAUAUUGUUUCGCAGGUUGAUGACUCCAACCACUUGAAAUUGCCUUCCAUUGUGGUGAUUGGAUCUCAGUCAAGUGGUAAGUCUUCUGUGUUAGAAAGCAUUGUGGGCCAUGAGUUCUUACCCAAAGGUGAUAAUAUGGUCACCAAGAGACCCAUCGAAUUGACUUUGGUAAACACUCCUGAGCUCAAGGACACCCAGGUGAUUGAGUUUCCAGAGUUAAGAUUGAAGUUUGAUGAUUUCAAACUGGUGCAGAAGAUGUUAGUCGAUUUGAACAUGCAAGUUCCCAGCCAUGAGUGUAUAAGUGAUGAUCCCAUCAAUGUCACUAUUAGGCUGGCAAGCAUUCCGGACUUAUCAUUGGUUGAUUUACCUGGUUAUAUCCAAGUGGAGAGCGCAGAUCAACCCACAGAGUUGAAACAGAGAAUCAGAGGUUUGUGCAACAAGUACUUGGAAUCUCCCAAUAUAAUAUUGGCCAUCAGUGCGGCCAAUGUCGACUUGGCCAACUCGGCGGCGUUAAGAGCAGCUCGGUUGGCUGACCCAAAGGGUGAAAGAACUUUGGGAGUCAUCACUAAGUUGGACUUGGUGGACCCCCUGUACGCCAAUAAGAUUUUGAAUAACAAAAAGUAUCCCUUGAGACUCGGGUACGUGGGUGUUAUCACCAAGUUGCCCAAAUCUUCCAGCCAAUCGAUCUUCAAGAAGAAUCCAUUGUCCAGCCACCAAUCAUAUUUGAGUCAACAAAACCUCGAGAUUACUUACUUCAACGAGCAUAAGUCAGACUUCCUCAACUGCAUUGUGUCGACUAAGAACUUGAAGAAGAAAUUGAUUAGGAUCUUGGAGAAGACAAUGACUCAGAACUUGAAACCUACUCACUUUGCCAUCCAGAAAGAGUUUGAAGAAACAAACUACAAAUUCAAGGUGGAGUUUAAUGACUUGCCUUUGACUCCACAGAUGUAUCUAGCCAACAAUCUUGACUUGUUGAAGUUGUCCAUCAAAGAAUUAAGCCACAACCUCUCCAAGAAGGAAUUGAAGUCAUUGAUAAAGAACGAGUUGGAUCAAAAGAUCUUGAACCUACUUGCGAAAACUUACUGGACAAUUGAUGAUGGCCACGAAUUAAAAGAACUAAGCAAUGCCAAAGAGCACGACCUUUAUUGGGAUCGAAGACUAGACAUUAUCAGCUCCAGUUUAACCAAAUCAGGAAUUGGAAGGUUAACCACCAACUUAAUUACCAACGUGUUAUUACAGGAAGUUGAUAACUUGGUUAAUAAUACUCAAUUAAAGAACCAUCAGCACACCAAGAAACUCAUCAGAGAGGUGGCUAAUCAAGUAUUGAGCUCUAAAUACUAUUCAACUGCCGACCAGGUGGAGAAUUGUAUUAAGCCCUUCAAGUAUGAGAUCGAAAUUGAAGACAGGGAAUGGUUGGCAUCCAGAGAGAAUGCCAUCAGCUUGUUAAGAGAAGAGAUCAAGAGUUGCGAUGAUUUGUUCCAGGAUUUGAAAGCUCAUAUUGGCGGUAGAAAGUUAAACCAAGUGAUGAAGUAUUUAAAUAAUAUGAAAUCUGAAAUCGAUUUCAACCCAACCGAAGCUUUGGGAUUCUCUACAACCUUGAUAGAGAGAGGAAAGAUGGCCAAUUUCUUGCAGGAUAGACUUUCUCUCUUGAAGAUGAGAUAUCAAUUCUUGAAGAACAACAAUAAGUGUAAGGCAAAGGGAAACAAAGUCCAGUGUCCCGAAGUUUAUCUUGAUGUGAUUAAUACGAAAUUGACUUCGACCUCGAUUUUGUUCUUAAAUGUUGAGUUAUUGAAUGAUUUCUAUUAUAACUUCCCCAGAGAACUUGAUGUCAAGUUCUUCAACAAUUUGUCGAUUGACCAAAUUGAGCAGUUGGCCAAGGAGGAUCCAAAAAUCGAGCAGCACAUCAACUUGCAGAAACGUAAGGACUUGUUGCAACUUGCCUUGAACAAGAUCGAGUCCAUUUUGGCCAUCAAGAGACUUGAACAUUGA